AUAAGGACUGGGAGGACAUCAGGAAGAUGCCUGAGUACCCCACGCUGCAGAAAGACUUCAGGAGGACAACGUACGCAAACAGCAGCUUGAUCAAGUACAUGGAGAAGCACAAAGUGAAACCUGACAGCAAGGUUUUCCUGUUG